UCCGGCUCCGGCUCCGCCUCCGGCGGGCGAGCGGCGGUGCGGGGACGGCAGCGCGGCCCGGGCCGAGGCGCCCCGGCACCCAGGUUAUGCUAUGACUGGCUUCAGACUCCCCAUCAGCACUUUCAGAAAAUUAAAUGUCUGGUUCGGACUGUGGGAGAAAUUUCCCUCAAAUAAACUGUAUCCCACUUGGAGGAGAAGCUUAUUCUGUAGCUGUCAAGCAAGCACAGCAAACUACAGAAGAUGUUUCAGUUUUUCCCCAUUCAGACUCAGUGCACUAAGACUCUCUCCAGAGUAUAUCUCAGUACUUUCUCUGCGGAACAAAAGCAGCAAAAGCUCUAAAAGGAGCAAACAAAGCGUACAAGAAGAGGAGGAGGAAGAGGAGGAAGAUGAAAGUAAUUUUGAAGAUGAAUUUGAAAAUGACCCCAAUGUAGUAAAAGAUUACAAGGAUCUUGAAAAAGUAGUGCAGUCUCUUCGAUAUGAUGUGAUCUUGAAAGCCGGUCUAGACAUGGCAAGAAAUAAAAUAGAAGAUGCAUUCUACAAUAAUGAACUCAGGCUGAAUGGAGAAAAACUAUGGAAGAAAAGUAGAACGGUAAAACUUGGUGACACACUGGAUCUCCUAAUAGGUGAAGAUAAAGAAACAGGAACUGCUGUAGUUAUGCGGGUAGUCGUAAAAAAAUUAUCUGACAAAACUGAAAGUGAAAAAUACAAAGUUAUUUUGAGGCGUUGGAAAAACUUAAAAGUGCCCAAACAGGAUGUACUUAAGUAACAAGGGGUUGCAUGUGGCAGCUUAAGAUUUUUGCAUAAAAACAUAUUUUUUUGUUAAAUAUGAAUUUUGGUUGAACAAAAUUACAGUACCCUUUUUUAAGGGCUUGUGUCAGAAUGUUAUCUCGCUCUGCUGCGUACAUCAAUAAUCAUGCAAUAAAGCCUGUCACUUUUUGCUGGUAGCUUUGUCUUGUGGUACUGUAAGUUAAAAGAUCCAACACUUACAUUUCCAGGAAGUUUCUUAUAAAUAAUGAAUCAAUAAAGACUGAUUUGAUCACUA